AUGUUGGUGGCGCUGGCUUUGACUGCUGCGUUCGCCGCUCAGAACCUCGACACCGAACCGCUUCUGGCUUAUUGUAAGAAGCCGUGGUGGAAUCCCAUCUCAUCCUGCGUCCCAUCCAACGAUGUCGCCAGGAACGUGGGCUCGGCCAGCGAGCGCUCUGCUGCUGACAUUGUGUCCUUCGACCUCAACCGAACGACCACGCAGUCAGUGUACCGCAACACCACGCUCAUCGCUGCCCUCAGGGCAGUUCUGAAGCAGCCAGGGAGUGCCACCAGACCGCCACCCAAGGAAGAAGGCCGGCGCCUUGAGAUUGAGUCGGUCGGCAGCGUUUCUCGGCAGCUCUUCGGGCCAGACUCGCGGAGGCCGGUUGGGUGCUCCGAUUCGGAGGCUGGGCCGUUUCAGAUGAUGGUACGUCUCUCCACCGGUUGCUCUGGCGUGAUGGUUGGUUCUCGCCACGUCCUCACUGCCGGCCACUGCGUGUACAGCUGGUACGACGCCGCCGGCAACGAGCUCAAGAAUAAGGGGUGGAAGAUGGACGCGAACAGGAAGGUCUUCGUCGGAUAUUCACGCGAGUGGGGUUGCCCCACCGGCGCGCCGUCGGGCACAGGCACCCUCUGGGGCUCCGACGUGGACGGCGUUCAGACGGUGCGCUGGGUCGAGGCGAUCAGCAUGAUGACCUACACUGGCUUUGUCGAGAGUGGCGACGCCGAGUACGACAUCGCGUUAAUCGAAGUGAAGAACCGUCCCGAGACGCGCCGGUCGGCGUCGGCGGCGCUGACGGGACUGCCUUGGAUGACGUUUGGCUUCUACUCGAACCCGAGCUACAGGUGGACGUGGUGCACGGCGGGGUGGCCGGGCGACCUCUCGCCGCCGCUGCAGCUGCACGCCGAGUGCUCGCGCGACAAGGUGCAGGACAUCGAGGGGAAGCUCUUCGAGAUGGAGCUCGACGGCGCUCAGGGACAGUCCGGGUCUCCCCUCUGGCCGGCACUCUCACCUCCGCAAUCCAACGGCGGCCACGGGGCCAUGUUCAGCGACAAGCUGGAGGCGGGGCCGGCGCAGGGCGUCUUCGCGCUCCUCUACCAAGAGGUGUUCUGGUUCUUCGGGUGGUGGGUCAUCAACGAGUCCAACGACUUUGCUCGCAUCGACGCCAACCGGUUCGUCUCUCUCUGCGCGUGGAUCAGCGACCACGUCCGCGCGGGCGAGUUCAACCCCUGCGCGGGCGUGCUCUGA